AUGGACACAUUGCCUCGCAAAACACUCAGGUUGAAGGACUUGAAAUAUGGGGGUACCACUAUCAAGAACGACACGGGCCAAUUUGAGUACUGUUACGAUCCUGCUUUGACUGAUUGGAACCCAUGUGUAAGUCAAUACGUUAAUAGCAAAUUGGGUCAUAAAGUGGAAAUAAUAGUGUCCCCUGAGUGUGAAAGAUUGUUUAUCCCGGAUCUGUUGGAGUCCACCUGUUACGAAGUUUCAGAGGAUAUGUCAUCGUCUGAUGCUGAUUGGUCUACCGCCCCCAAGGCUCCAGUUUCCAUUACAGGAAAAGUUAUAAUUACCGUAUCUCGACAUGAUAUACCUCUGGUAGUCAAAUGUAACACUGUCACUUUAAAAUGUUUCAUCAAGGAAUACGGAUGUUUUGUCUUUGGUGGCGUGGAACCUUACUAUAACGUUGUCAAGAAUUUAAACGUUCUUGAGUAUCCAGCACACCAAUUGCAAGUAGACCUAUUGAAUGGAUCAUCACAAUUGCAUCUGUUACCCUUUGGAGUGUAUGAAUUCCCGUUCACUUUCACAUUACAAGAUGGUGUGUUCCCCUCUGAAUGCAGUACCGAUUGGGGGUCCACUUGUUAUCGAUUGGAGAGUUGUUUAACCUUUUUGAAAGUAAAGAAGAGGCACGUAAAACCUGGUUGCUUUGAUACGAUUUUGUUAACCAGAGACGUUCAUGUCAAGAGAGUGUUACCUUCUGAAUGUGAAACGAUGAAGCAUGAGAAUGUGUUUGCAUCAGGUAAUUGGAAAUCCAAAGAUAUGAGUUAUCAAUUGACUCUUUCGUCACGGUUAAUUGAAAUGGAUGAACCUUUCCAAAUUUUACUUGAUAUUUGCCAGAGGGAUAUGGAGUACAGGUUGGCCAUGGUUACAGUUUCACUGUGUCAAAUUGUCUCCCUUCCACGGUUGAAGCAUAAGAGUUUCCAAGUCCUAGAGGGUGCGUUCACUAAAAAGUAUUAUUACCCGCUAGCGAGCAAAACGUUUAAAGAUGAGCUACCAGAUAGUGAACAAUGCUACUCUCUGGAUUGGAAAGAGUUAAUUGUUCCCUCCUCAAGCAGACAGAUACGCAGUUUCUAUUGUGAGAGGAGUGCUCGAGUAGACGAUAUGAUCCGAUUGAAGAUUACACACAAGUUGUCCAUCAGGUUCAGAUUACAAACCAGAUCGAUGAAGAAACAAGUCUGGUUAUCACUGGAAGUGCCCAUUGUAUUAGCAGACGCUGAAAUGAUCUCCAGUUUAUUUUUACCGCCCUACCAAAAAUAA